UCGGCGACCUUCGAGGGGCGGGGUCAGGAGGCCGCAGACAUGGCGGCGCCCAGAGGGAGUGUGGAAUUGGGGGUCCGCGGUUCGUUCUUCCGCUGACCCCGGGCCCCCCGCCCCUCCCGCGGUUGAUCCCGAAGUCUCAGAGCCGCCCCCAUGUUCCUGCUCCGCCGCCGUCGCGCGCUGCCGCCCGCCCCGCUGCCCUGUUGCCGGCGCGCGGGGAGCGACGGCACCGCGCCUCGCUGGGAUGUGCUCGUUAUCGGCGGGGGCCACGCCGGGACGGAGGCGGCGGCAGCGGCGGCUCGGAGCGGGGUCCGGACGCUGCUCGUCACGCACAAGGCCGACACCAUCGGGCAAAUGUCAUGUAACCCUUCCUUCGGUGGCAUUGGAAAGGGGCAUCUCAUGAGAGAGGUAGAUGCUCUGGAUGGGCUGUGUGCUCGGAUCUGUGAUCAGUCUGGAGUUCAUUACAAGGUGCUAAACCGGUGUAAGGGUCCUGCUGUGUGGGGUCUCCGAGCCCAGAUUGAUAGGAAACUCUAUAAAGAAAACAUGCAGAAAGAAAUCCUUAACACUCCACUGCUGACUGUUCAUGAGGCGUCUGUGGAGGAUCUUCUCCUGAUGGAACCAGAGCCAGACCGUCCUGGGAAAUGCCAAGUCAGUGGGGUCAUUCUAGGGGAUGGAAGCAGAAUCCACGCUGGAAGUGUCAUCCUGACUACAGGCACGUUUCUGAGGGGGAUGGUCUUCAUUGGCUUAAAGAUGCAUCCCGCUGGGCGAUUAGGGGAUCAGCCCUCCAUUGGACUGGCUCAGACCUUGGAGAAACUGGGAUUUUCUGUGGGAAGGCUGAAGACUGGGACCCCACCUCGACUGGCCAAAGACACUAUUGACUUCAGCGUUCUGGAGAGACACAUGGCUGACAACCGUCCUGUGCCAUUCAGCUUCCUCAAUGAGGCUGUGUGGAUCAAGCCAGAAGAUCAGCUCUCAUGCUACCGGACUCUCACCAAUGCCAAAGUGGAGCAAAUCAUCCACGAUAACCUUCACCUGAACAACCAUGUACGGGAGACAACAAGAGGGCCCCGAUACUGUCCCUCGCUUGAAUCCAAAGUUCUGCGCUUUCCAAACCGCAUUCAUCAGCUGUGGCUGGAGCCUGAGGGUCUGGAUUCCAACAUCAUCUACCCCCAAGGGAUGUCAAUGACUCUGCCGCCGGAGCUCCAGGAGCAGGUCAUUGCAUGUAUCCGUGGCUUGGAGAAAGCCAAGAUGGUGCAGCCAGGCUAUGGGGUUCAGUAUGACUUUCUGGACCCCCGUCAGCUCAGUGCUUCCCUUGAGUCCCGUCUUGUUCAGCGACUCUUCUUUGCAGGACAGAUAAAUGGCACCACAGGCUAUGAAGAAGCUGCAGCCCAGGGAGUGAUUGCUGGGAUCAACGCUGGCCUGCGUGUUAGUGGCAAGCCCCCUUUCAUCAUUAGCCGCACAGAGGGCUACAUCGGAGUCUUGAUUGAUGACCUCACCACCCUGGGCACCAACGAACCAUACCGCAUGUUCACCAGCCGUGUGGAAUUCCGCAUGUCUCUACGGCCCGACAAUGCAGACAGCAGGCUCACCCUCCGAGGUUUUGAGGAAGCUGGCUGUGUGUCCCAACAGCGAUAUGCACAGACAUCUCGGCUGAAGGCUGCUUUAGAAGAGGCAAUAACAGUGCUAAAAUCUCUUCAAUUCACCGCCACCAAAUGGUCCAGGCUGAUUCCGGAGGCUCCCAUAAGCACCAGUCGAAGCUCACUUACCAGUGCCCUUGACAUCCUUCAAUAUCCAGAGGUCACCAUGGAGCUUUUGGCAAGAGCUAUCCCAGAGCCCCUGAGAAAGUUUGCUGAAUGGAGAGAACUGGCAGAGAGGCUGAAAAUAGAAGCUGUUUAUGAGUGGCAUGUAGCCAGCCAGCAGCAGGAAAUAGAGGAAGUACGUCGAGAUGAAGCUCUCCAGCUGCCAGAGGACCUAGAUUACUUUGCCAUUGAUGCAUCGUUGUCCCAGGAAGUGCGAGAGAAACUAGACUCCAACCGCCCUCAGACGAUUGGCGCAGUCAGCCGCAUUCCUGGAAUUACACCAGCCGCCAUUGUUAACCUGCUGAGAUUUGUGAAGACCAAUCGGCAAAGGACAGAGCACAUAGAACACUCUAGGAUUGGCAGAGCCUCACCAGAGGGAAAUACGUUUGGGAAGAGUAAAUUUCAGAACUCAAGCUUGAGCUGUACUUCAUGAGGAACCACCAGAAAAUAGCUUUGUUAAAAUGCCUUCAUGAAGGAGAGUACAAGUCAUUAGACAGUACACACAUGGGUAUGCUACACCUAAAGCCAAAAACCAUUGUAGCUGUCUUCUGUGGCUUGUGUCAUCAGUUUAAUCUGAAGUCAGCAUACCCAGGAGCUAUUGUAGAGUGACCAGGAGUCUAAGUAGCUCAUCAAUGUGUCUUGCUCCUCUUAAGUUAAAAUAAAAUUAUGAUGGGGAUAUCAGUCAACCAAGCACCUACUAAAAAGCAUUGCUGAAAAAACAUCCCUUCUAUCAAAGGUGUUGACUAAGAAGGAACGUAUCACCCUGUUGAGCAACAUGAGAUGCUAGUGAGAACUAGAAAGCCAAGAUCCCAGUAACUUUCUGAUUGUCUUCAGUAGGACUUGGAUUUGUCCCCAGCUCUGCAGUGGCUGGUGCUGCCUUUGCUUUUAUGUGAUUUCAGCUAGCUGGAAACAUCCCUGGCUAUGGAAAGAAUUUAUAAAUACUUGCCUUAUAGUAACUCUUUAAUGGGCCGAGGGUAAUGUUAAGAUACAACCCCCUGCACCUCAAAUUUUAAAAUUAACUUUGGAAGGUAACUCAGUUGGGAGGGCUGGCUUCCAAUCUGAUCAGGAAGAGAAGUUGACUUUCAGUGUAGAUGAACUGUUAGGAUUGUUUUGUUUGUUUGUUUAUUUUCCAGAAGCCGUUAACUUAGGCCCAGCAUAUAGAGUGAGAAAUGGUUACCCCAGAACACGGUAGGAUGGGAAGAUUGAAUGUUUGGUUGUACUCGAUUAAUUGUUAUUACUCAGAAAAGUGAUACCACAGAAUGGCACCUUCACUCAACAAACUUGCUCGUUUUAGUGACAAAAAUAAGCGCUCUGCUCCUGUUAGACCUGCAAAGUCAACAGAGCUAAGGCUGUGGAGUCUGUUUCUUCCUAUGCACCAUCAAUGGAGUUGUGUAUUAGUUUCCUGUCAGUUACACCUGUACAGCCCAGCGAGACAAUGAGUUUGUAUGGGCAUCACUGAAGGACAUUAAUACUGGCGGGCAGGCAUGAGAAAGAAAGAAUCCAGCUUUACUCUGCCUCUAGGUUGAGUUUGCAGGGCUGGCAUUCACGAAAAAAACAUCUUUUUACUUUGUAAAUAUGAGACACACGCACAAUGCCAUUUUCACAGGCAUCUUUCAGAGCAGAACUACAUUUCUAGGCCACGUGGAACAGCUUGGAGUGACUGCUCUUUUAUCUGUGCUUGGCUUCGUGGGAAACUGAGCAGAAUUGCCAAUCCUCUGUCAUAAGCCUGAAUUCACUGAUGUUAAAACAACAGCACAAAUGUGUCUUUUUGCCUGUUUGAAAACAUAGAGGUAGAUCACUUAUUGCAAAAACUAAAUGCUGGGAAUGGAGAAUAUAUUUAUAAUGUUGUUUGGGGGCAUUGCAAUUAGUUUUAGAAUGCUGCAACACACACUUCUAAUAGAUAAAUGUAGCUUAAAAUACUCAUUAUCCGUGGAACAUAAUACAGAAUUAAUAGUGCUACAGAGACGCAUGUGAGAGAAACUGAAUGCCAACAAUGAUUUCCUGUAUGCCAGUCCACUUAGUUGUUUUACCAUAUAAGUUUUGGAAGGACAUAAAUAUUCUCUAACAAAAAGCAGUUAGCACUGGUAUAUAUUCCAUGAUGGAACUGACUUUGCAGGGCGUUUCUGGCUGUAGGCCUUUCUCUUUUCUCCUUCCCUCCAUGUUAAAAAGAUUGUGCCUUUUAAGGAAAAUAAAAAUUGCUUAAGUUUCAGGAAGUAUCUUAGGGAUUGAUUACCAGCCCUUGGAAUUAACCAGGAUGUCUAAGCCUGUGGGUAGGAGAAGUCUGAAAUGGCAUUUCCUUUCAAGUAUGAAAGCAGUGAGUCAACAGGCUUGCCUAAAUAUCCCUGGUAUCCAAUGCUCUGUCAGCUCUUCGGAGGAGACUUGCCCCUCUCAGUUGCCACAAGAAAUGGGAAAAGGGUGCACAAUCCUAGGUAAUAUGAAGAAAUUCCUAGGUCUCUUCUAAACUCCAGCCAUCCAGCAGUGGGCUAGUCUGCAUCACACACAUUUUGCUCUGAUAUUAACAACUCAAAAUAGUAGCAUGUAAUAAAGGACAUCAUAGCUGUACUUCACUUAAAAGCUGAGAUUGACAUUUCCUUCAAACUUAUUGUAGCUUUUAAAAAGAUUAAAUGUGAGCAAAUGCAAACAAACAUAUGAAAAAGCAAAUAUUGCAGCUUUGUUUGGCCCAGGGGGUUGUACGAGGUUUAUAAGGGUCCAGAACCCACUACAGAUGGAGAUUGUGUGUAUUACUUAAUCUGUAAACUGUUCAGGAUAGGACUGUCUCGCACUAUCUGUAUGUACUUUGCCUAGCCCAAUGGGGUUCCCAUCUCUGCUGGCAUCUCUAGUUGCUAUAAUAAUACAAAAUAAUAAUGUGUAAUAAAUAAUAAACUUGUAUUCUAUA